AUGACCAGCCAGUCUCAGGGAAUCCAGCAGCUUUUGCAGGCAGAAAAACGUGCCAAGGACAAACUGGAGGAAGCCAAAAAAAGAAAGGGAAAGAUGCUGAAGCAGGCAAAAGAAGAAGCCAUAGCUGAGGUAGACCACUACCGAUUACAGAGGGAGAAGGAAUUUAGGAAUAAGCAAACAAACGUGAUGGGCUCCCAAGGUAACCUCUCUGCUAAAAUAGAAGAGCAAACAAAAGAAGCUGUCCGAAACCUCACUAGCAGCUACCACAAGAACAUGGAGAACAUGAUGAAAAAGCUUUUGAGCACGAUAUGUGACAUCAACCCUGAAGUUCACCCAAAUUUCAGACAAGCAGUUUAA